CACAAGACUCCUCUCCUCUCCACCCCGACUCAAUCUCUCACUCUCCCAGAAAUCUACCAUAAAAAUGACAGCCACCCUCCGGCUAGCAAUCUCUCAAUCCCACACCCUCUCCACCCCAGCCCUCACCCUCGCCGCCCUCGAACACACAGUCCAGCACGCGAAGUCCCAAUCUAUCGACCUUCUCCUGUUCCCCGAAGCCUACCUAGGUGGAUACCCGCGCACCGCAACAUUCGGGUGCGCGAUCGGUGUUCGUGACCCGGCCGGUAGAGAUCAGUUUCUGCGGUAUUUUAAGGAUGCGGUUGAUUUGGGGGAUACACCGGAAGGUGCGGGACAAGCGUGGGUUGACAGGAGUUUGGAAGUACCAAAGGAUGGUGGAGUGAGAGGUGACGGCACAAGAGAAGAGCUGGAGAGGAUCGCGAAGGAGAGUGGAGUGUUUUUGGUCGUAGGGGUGGUGGAGAGAUGUGCGGGGACGUUGUAUUGUGCUGUAUUGUAUAUUUGUCCACGUGUGGGAUGUGUGGGGAAGAGGAGGAAGGUUAUGCCUACAGCGACUGAACGAUUGAUUUGGGGCCAGGGUCAGCCCGCCUCACUUCGAGCUGUAACGACGACGAUUAAAGGUGUGAAGCUUACACUUGCGGCAGCCAUUUGCUGGGAAAAUUAUAUGCCGCUUUUGAGACAGAGUCUGUAUAGCCAGAAUGUAAAUCUAUAUCUCGCGCCGACAGCGGAUGGACGGGAGACGUGGUCGGUGCUCAUGAGGGCCAUUGCGAUGGAGGGGAGGUGUUUUGUGAUGAGUGCCAAUCAAUGUUUGCGGGAGAGUGAUCUACCGGAUUGGAUUACAGGGAAAGCAGGGGCUGCGGAAGGGAAGGUCAAUGGACCGGGGACGCAGAGGCCUGCGCGGUUAAGGAGGAAGUCUACGAUUGAGUGUGAGGAUGGGAAUGAAAUUGCUUUGCCGGUUCCAAAGGAAUCGGUUGCCGCGAUUGAGGAGGAGAGUGAAUGGACGAAUGGAACGCCUACGCCAGCCAGGCUGAGGAGGAAGAGUACGAUUACCGAGGAUGGGAAUGAGAUUGUGUUACCUUCACCAAGAUCAUCAACGUUCCAAUCAACGAUACAAGAACAAGGGCAGACGAAGGCUAAGGAAGAAGAGUUCGUAUCGAGAGGUGGAUCUUGCAUGAUUUCCCCGCUGGGCGAGGUUCUAGUAGGUCCAUUGUGGGAUGAUGACAAUGCACUUAUUGUUCAUGAUGUGGACUUUGAUGAUUGCCUGAGAGGAAGGCUGGAUCUGGAUGUUGGCGGGAGUUACUCGAGAAACGAUUCCUUUAAAUUAACAGUAGAAGGACUCGACUUGAGCCCACCACCAUGAUGUUGGAAUGAGCAUGGAAAAUGGGAUACUGGCAUAACUAUAUCGCUGAAUAAUGUCAACAGAAUCGAUUAAACUUUUACCUCAGUGGAUUUAUCAGCGCCAGAUCAUUACUUCGGCUCUUGCUGACUUAACAUUUGCAUGGAACUCUCCUAAUCCAAACUUUCAAUGAGGGUUAUGGUUAGUACUGACCCAUACAGAGGUGCAUUUCUAGAGAGUAUUCAUCAGAGGUUCGCAGAUCUAGUAAUAACCGAAUAUUGGCUGUAAUUUAUAUUGCUCCGAAGAUAUGGAAUCCAC